CUUUCAGUGUUGGAACAACAACUGCAACAGCGUGUCUCUGAUGAGUCUUUCCAGAACACUGCUAGUAAAUGUGUCUUCAGCUGAGCAGCAUCAGAACAUGUGUUGAAGGCAGGAAUCCUCACAGCUAGCUGGAGUUACCUGUAGUCAUGUGAUUUCUAAGAAACAGGGGAGGAGCAGUGAGUCGAGAACGGAAUGAGGAAAUGAACAGUUCAGACUCCAUUUUACAGCCGACAGAGGAGGACAACAAGAUUGACUGAAGUUCACAAUAUGAGUGAUUGUGAGAAGAAGGAAUUUCCAAACUCCGGCCAUCUGUCCAAGAAGAGUGACCAAUCCAAAUUAGAUCCUCUACUCUUCAGUAAUGAACUUGGACCCUCAGACAUAAAACAGAGAGCAGAGUGUGCAGCCUCCAGCUGUCUGUCCAUGAAGAGUGACCAAUCCAAAUUAGAUCCUCCACUCUUCAGUAAUGAACCUGAACCCUCAGACACAAAACAAAGAGCAGAGUCUGCAGCCUCCAGCUGUCUGUCCAUGAAGAGUGACCAAUCCAAAUUAGAUCCUCCACUCUUCAGUAAUGAGCCUGAACCCUCAGACACAAAAGUGAUGAAGAGGAGGGGAGUUUCUGCGGAGGAGCAGCCGUCCUGCUGCGCUCGGUGUCAGGACGUCCUGAAGGAUCCAGUCUCUACCAGCUGUGGACACUGGUUCUGCAGACAGUGCAUCAGCUCAUACUGGGACCAGUCUGCUCCAUCAGGACACUCCUCCUGUACUCAGUGUGGAGAUAGAUCCAGAACCAUCAGCUGUGGACAAAAUGUUGGUCUGCAGGAGGUUCUGCAGGAACAUAAGAUGAGUCUGAGGAGGAGAUGCGAACAUGUGACUGAAGGAAGUGAUGAACCAGGAGGUGGAACCCUCCUCAACAGGAUCUACACUGAGCUCUACAUCACAGAGGGACACAGUGGAGAAGCUGAUACCCAACAUGAGGUGAUGCAGCUGGAGAAAGCUUCCAAGAAGAGUCUCCAUGAUACUCCCAUCAGGUGCCAGGACAUAUUUAAAGCCUUUCCUGAGCAGCAGAGAGCCAUCAGAGUGGUCCUGACCAACGGCGUCGCUGGCAUCGGAAAAACCUUUUCAGCGCAGAAGUUCACUCUGGACUGGGCAGAGGGCCAAGAAAACCAAGACGUCAGUGUGGUGGUUGUGCUUCCAUUCAGGGAGCUGAACUUGAUCAGAGAUGAGCAGCACAGUCUUCUCACGCUGCUCCAUGUUUUCCAUCCAACAUUACAGAAGGUGACGGCAGAGCAGCUGGCUGUCUGUAAACUUUUGUUCAUCUUUGACGGUCUGGAUGAAAGCAGACUUUCACUGGUUUUCACCAACAGGAAGGUUGUGUCUGACGUCAGCCAGAAGUCAUCGCUUAACAUUUUGCUGGUGAACCUCAUGGAGGGGAAUCUGCUUCCCUCGGCUCUGAUCUGGAUCACUUCUCGCCCUGCGGCAGCCAAUCAGAUCACUCCUACAUGUGUGGACAGGUUAACAGAAGUACGAGGCUUCACUGACCGCCAGAAGGAGGAGUACUUCAGGAGGAGGUUCAGUGAUGAAGAGCAUUCCAGCACAAUCAUCUCCCACAUGAAGACAUCCAGGAACCUCCACAUCAUGUGUCGACUCCCAGUGUUCUGCUGGAUCACUGCUGCAGUUCUGGAGCACAUGUUGACCACAGAGCAGAGAGGAGAGCUGCCCAAGAGCCUGACUGACAUGUUCUCACACUUCCUGCUGGUUCAGACACAGAAGAAGAAGAACAAGUACCAUGAGGGACAUGAGAUGAGUCCACAGGAGCUGAUGGAGGCUGACAGGGAAGUUCUUCUGAAGCUGGGGAGGCUGGCCUUUGAACAUAUGGAGAAUGGAAACAUCAUGUUCUACCAAGAAGACCUGGAGCAGUGUGGUCUGGAUGUGACAGAGGCCUCGGUGUUCUCAGGAGUUUGUACACAGAUCUUCAGAAGAGAGUGUGUGAUGUUCCAGAAACCAGUCUACUGCUUUGUUCAUCUGAGCAUUCAGGAGUUUCUGGCUGCAGUCUACAUGUUCCACUGUUACACCAACAGGAACCAGAAAGUUCUGCAGGACUUCCUGGGAAAAGACUGGCAAGAUGAGAAUGGAGACACUCUGGAUGUGUUCCUGAACAAAGUCAUGGAGAAAUCCCUCAGAAGUGAAAAUGGUCACCUGGACCUGUUUGUUCGUUUCCUUCAUGGCCUCUGUCUAGAGUCCAACCAGAGACUCUUAGGAGGCCUGCUGGGUCAGACAGAGAACCGUCCAGAAAUGAUCCAGAGAGUCAUCAACAACCUGAAGGAGAUGAACAGUUAUGAAAUGUCUCCAGACAGAAGCAUCAACAUCUUCCACUGUCUGAUGGAGAUGAAGGAUCUUUCAGUACAUCAGGAGAUCCAAGAGUUCCUGCAGUCAGAGAACAGAUCAGAGAUGGAACUCUCUGAGAUCCACUGCUCAGCUCUGGCCUACAUGCUGCAGAUGUCAGAGGAGGUUCUGGAUGAGUUGGACCUGAACAAGUACACAACAUCAUGGGAGGGAAAACGGAGACUGAUUCCAGCUGUGAGGAACUGCAGAAAGUUCCGACUUUAUAACUGUGAACUCUCAGAGAGUCACUGUGAAGUCGUGGCCUCAGCUCUGAAGUCCAACCCCUCCCAUCUGACAGAUCUGGACCUAAGUCGAAGCAUCAACCUGCAGGAUUCAGGAGUGAAGCAUCUUUCUGCUGGACUGCAGAGUCCAAAUUGUAAACUGGAGACUCUCAGAUUGGAGUACUGCUGGUUGUCAGAGAUCAGCUGUGAUUCUCUGGUCUCAGCUCUGAAGUCCAACCCCUCCCAUCUUAAACAUCUGGACCUGAGCUUCAAUAUCCUACAAGAUACAUCACUGAAACAUCUGUGCAGUUUUCUGGAGAGUCCAGACUGCAUCCUGAAGACUCUGAGAUUGAGGCGCUGCAGGUUGUCAGAGAUCAGCUGUGAUUCUCUGGUCUCAGCUCUGAAGUCCAACCCCUCCCAUCUGGAACAUCUGGACCUGAGCAGGAACAACCUGCAGGAUUCAUCAGUGAAACAUCUGUUAGAUCUUGUGGAGAGUCCAGACUGCAGCCUGAAGACUCUGAGAUGGGAGUCAGACUGAUCAUGACGAUGAUUGUGCUGAGAGGAUGAAGUGUGUCCUGAUGAUCCAGAGGUUGAAGCAGCAGCAGCAGCAGCUGGUGUGUCGAGACUCUGGCUGGACCAUGUUACUGGGAGGUGGACUGGGAACCAGUGUAAAGUGUGUUGUUAUCACUGUAUAGUUUAGUGUUGCAGCUCCACACUGUGAAUGAUGGAGAACUGCAGUUAAUGUUGACAUAAUACAUUGGAAGUUGAUGUCAGGUUGCAGAGUGUGCAGUAAGUUUCAGGAUAUUUAUGUCAGUGCAGGAUUAUAUUUCAGUUGUCUUUCUAUUUCCAGCUGCAGUCAAAGUUGUUGAGCUUCUCUACCUGCAACACAUUGAGCUGAUGACAACAAAGUGUCCUGAAAACAUUUCAGCUGAAGCCUUGGUGCCCAGAGAGAGUUUAAUGAAGCACAUUGGAGUCAUUUUGAUAACAUCAUGUUUAGUUAACAAACUGAAGAUAAAUCCAGUUUAGUCCUCAAAGGUCCAGAAGCAGCUUGUUGAGCUUAGAGUUCAUCUUUAAUCUGAACAUCCUUUGACCUUUCUGAGCUCCUCACUUCAUUUUCAAUCAUUAAUUUGACAUCAGAUCAUGUUUAUUUUUCUAAUAUAACUUCUGGAAUUGAAUGAGAAAUCUGUCAUUUCAUGAAAAAUCCUUCAAACCUCAGAACCAACAUUAUUUUGUUAAUGUUAGGAUUUAUUAUCUCACAAUGGCACUGCUAGUUGAACACUGAGAUUGACAUCACACGAGUAAUACAAUAUUGAUAUUUAUACCAUUUAUUGUGCAAUUAAUGCGUGAGCUGUGCUUGACCUUUUAAGGGAGAGAUAUGGAUUCAAGUAUUAACCCUAGGCUCUGAAGGGUUAAAUACAUUAUGGACACAGACAGGUCAAGCUUGAAAGUUACAGCCGCACAUACACACCAGAACAUCAAGUGUUUUACACACACACACACUGUAACGUGUGGCAGUAUGAGCUGAGGAGUAGUCAGCCAUGGACUUGUGCUAGUGGAUAGCAAAAAGAGCAAAGACUUGUAGAUUUCCACAGGUUUCCAUUUAUUUUAGAAAUAAAUAAAAAAACAUAAAUGUCAGCUGUA